CGAUUGUUUUCAAAGGCCGCGGCGAAACAAACGAGCGACAUAACGCAUGCGAUUUUCGGAGUUUUGGCGCCCACGCUUGUACGCUCGUUUUCUUUCUCGUUCCACAGUGUGGGCCUGUGAUCAAUCCCGUACGCCGACGUCGCGGUGCCGUGGCCUCCUCUAAAACGCGCUCGCUGAACAAAAGUGAAACUGCACCGCGCCAUCAGCACAGUUCGAUUGUUGCGGUUUGUGUGACCGUGACAGACGGUUGCGAAAAACAAGAGCAAUUGAUUGUUGUCGGUAAUCGAUUGUUAGUACGACCACGAAUCAGAAACUAUCAAACGCGGACGAUCGAUUGUUGGGAUCACAAUCGGGAGCCGGCAAAUUGUCAAUUGAUUGUUAAGGCCAAGGACUAAUAGAUUUUAUUUAUUAAACGCGGAACUCUUCAUUGUUGUGUGAGUUAAUAAAAUUGACAAAGUUUAUCUGUAGUGGCAAACGGCGACUGUGCGUAGUGAGUAGCUUAUGUUUGAUUGAAAAGUUUAGAAACUGAUCGGAGACCGGCAAAGUUUUGUUUUGUUUUGAGUGCUGUCACCGAGCACGUGCGUUGUCGUUUAAAAUAAUAAUUGGAAUCGUUUUCCUGGCGGAAUGUUGUUUCAGCUACAUUUGGCUAACAAGCAUUCGCAGAGGCAAAAAGCGGUAUACUCAGUCGGUGGUGUAUUAUUUUUAGCGGUCGUAGCCUUGCAAAAAUUUUAUCGCCGCUGACGCGAUAUUUUUAUUGUUUUUGAGGAAUCCUAUACGAGCGCGGCGCGAGAUAAAAAAAAGAGUGGAAAUCCUUAUCAGUAUCUGCUUCGAUAGUUUAUAUUGACGUUGCGGUCCGUGUGAAAGUGAAUAGUCCUAGAAAAGUUGACGAAGCGCGAAGAUUGUUUGGGAAUAUUGAUAAACUGUCCUAAAGGAAAUUGUAAACGGGUGAUAGUUGAUGACUUUUGUUUUGUGACCAAAGAUUUACCUGUAUUUGUAUUGUGAUUGUGAUAGAGGAGCUGUGAUAAACAGAUUAUGAAAAUGUUGAAGAAAGAGAAACCCAUGAUGUCGGUGACGGCAAUUAUACAGGGGGCUCAGGCUCAGCAACAAUGGGGACGGAGUUUGGGGUUGGGACCGCCGCAUUUUGGCUUAGGAAUUAGUUUGGACCAGAAUCUAUCAAUGGGAUCGAUGGGUCCUCAAAGUCCGUUAGAGAUGAAACCUGACACAGGUUCUCUCAUAACGUCGGGUCAGUUUAGUCCGCAGGGCCCAAAUAGCCCCGGGUCGUUUUCUUUGGGCCAUAAUAGUCUUUUAAGUCCGUCGUCUGGGGGUAGUAAUUUGUGUAAUAAAAACCUCGGAUCUCCUUACCCGCCUAAUCAUCCCCUCAGUGGUUCCAAACACCUGUGCUCCAUCUGCGGAGAUAGAGCCAGUGGAAAACAUUAUGGAGUAUAUAGUUGUGAAGGCUGCAAAGGCUUUUUUAAGCGAACAGUUAGGAAAGACUUAUCUUACGCCUGUCGAGAAGAAAAAAACUGUAUAAUAGACAAAAGGCAAAGGAAUCGAUGUCAAUAUUGUCGAUAUCAAAAAUGUCUCGCGAUGGGAAUGAAAAGGGAGGCGGUGCAAGAGGAACGACAAAGGACAAAGGAUAAAGACAACUCGGAAGUAGAGUCCACAUCGAAUUUACACGUGGAUAUUACCAUAGAAAGGAUAUUGGAGGCGGAAAAGAAAGCUGACAGUCUUAUGGAUCAACCAGUGGAGCUCGAGAAUGCUGUUACAAAUCUCUGCCAGGCGACAAAUAAGCAGUUGUUACAAUUAGUUGAGUGGGCAAAAAAUAUACCACAUUUUACGUCUUUACCGUUACAAGACCAGGUCCUUCUUCUUCGGGCAGGCUGGAAUGAAUUGCUGAUAGCUGGAUUUUCGCAUCGUUCAAUAGACGCGAAGGACUCUAUCGUACUUGCCACAGGACUCACAAUUACCAGACAAUCCGCCCAUCAGGUUGGAGUUGGGGGUAUUUUCGACAGGGUGCUCAACGAAUUAGUGGUAAAAAUGAGGGAAAUGGAAAUUGACAGGGCCGAACUGGGUUGCUUGAGGUGUAUUAUUUUGUACAAUCCAGACGUCCGAGGCAUUAAAUCGCACCAGGAGGUGGAGAUGUUACGGGAAAAGGUUUACGCAGUAUUAGAAGAGUAUUGUAGGACCCAUCAUCCCCGCGAGCCUGGCAGAUUUGCGAAAUUGUUAUUACGAUUACCGGGUCUACGUACUAUAGGUCUCAAGUGUCUUGAACAUUUGUUCUUCUUCAGGAUGCUAGGUGACGUCACUAUUGACACCUUCCUCACGGAAAUGCUAGACAAUUCGAACGAUUCCUAAUUUAAUUGAAGUAUGAAAAUUAAAAGGGGAUCGGUUUUUGGUCUUUUUUUUCCUUAUCGUGUCUCUCUUCUGUGGUGUUCUAUAUCAUGUAAAAUAAAUAACAUUUGCAUGUGUCGCAAAUGUACUAUUUAUAAAUAUAAUAUAUUCUAUAUACAGAUCAUGUAUAUGUCUAUUUAAUUGAUUGAUUAAUCAAGAUUAAUGAUUUCAUUUAAUUACUGCGUAGUAGUGUAAAUUUACAUAACAGAAAUUUUUAAAACGGUAAUAGCUGUAGCUAUUAAUCAAUUAAUUAACUAUUGUAAUUAUUAUCUAAUUAUGAUGAUGUAUAUUUUGUUUUCUAUAUUUAUGGUAUGUGCCACCUUCCGGCUUUCGCUUGUUGUCUAGUGCAAUAAUAUUAAUAUUAAUUAAUAAGGAUUAUAUGUUGUUAAAAUUUUUAUUGUCCCAUUGUACAUUCAAUUUUUUUUCUUUUUUGAAGUCAAACCUUUCGGUUGUUAAUUAUAUUAGGUAUAUUAUACAUGCAUUAGAAAAUAUUUUGCAUAGGUCUCGACUUCAAAAAAAAAAAAAUAAUAAACGAAGCGGUUUUAUUAAUUAACUAUUACACUUACGUAUAUACAUGUUAAUUAUUAUAUUUUUUUUAUCGUGUACCUUAUCGAUUUUUAUAGAAUGCUGUAUGUAGUAAGUUUUAAGGGAAUUUUGUCUCGUUUGAAAAUGCUAGGUUAGAUCUCAUUCUACGUUCAGGCUUCGUUGGAUACGCAAUUUUUGUUCUUAAAUUGCUUCUUGUCUGUGUAUAAACAAAUAUCUGUGCGUUAUUGAAUGUAGAUAAAGUAUUAAGUGUAUUUCAAUUAUAAGUGGCUGUUAAAAUGCCCUCGGUGGUAUAGUCCGUUCACAUAAAGAAAGGUGCAGCGUGGGCGAUGGGCAUUAAACGAGUUCUCGGAAUAUGGCCGGUCGUUUCCCAUCAAAGCCCAACCGUAAGCCUCUGGCGCCUUAAAUAACUUCCAACAGUUACGAUCAUUAAGGCAGUCUGCAUACAUCGAUUUGCCAUUGUGUACCUUUCUCUAAGUGAACUGACUUAGCAGCACUUUGUUCACAAAAAAGUGUAAAUGAUAGGUCAGGAAAGUAUGAAACCAAUUAGUGCUAAUUCGUAAUUGCAGUGAAGGCCACUGAAAACAUAAAGUAUAAAGCAGUUUUAGAUUGAAGUCGAAAAAAAAAAGAGUUUCGAAAGUCGUUUAGCUUCUGGUGUAACUACAAAAGUUCUUUUGUACUUUAUUGGACGAAAGGAUAACGAAUAUAAUUACCAUUUUAAAAAAUCAUAGAAGCAAAUGUUAGUUUUGGAUUUUCAAUCUUUUUUUUUAAUGUUAAUUUAAAUUUGCAGGUAAUUGUAUUUUUUUUUUGUAAUAUAUCGUUUUCGAUUGCCUUCAAUUGGAUUUGGCAUCUCUUUGUAUUUACGAAUUAGAAAUAUGUAUCUUGCGCUUUAUUUUCCUGCCUUCUGAAUGAAAUUCUGCAGUUUGCUUAUUUUUUGUUUAACGAAUAAUUUUGCUAAAAAGUACAAAAAAGCGCUUUGAAAAAUUUUUAUUGCAAAUCUGAAUAUUAUUCAUAUGUAUUUCUAUAUUAAAAAUUUUGAUAAAUAUUGCAGCCGCUUGUAUACCUGUUAAGAAGAAGGAUACUUAAGUGGCAGCAUUAAUCACUUUAAUCUCUUUUAAUAUUGUUUUUAUUUGGGGGUUUUUGAACUUUGAAUUGUAUGAUAAUCGGAAGUACAGAAGUAUCUUAACUGUAUAGAGUAAAUUAUAAACACUAUUAACUAUUUAUAAUCAAAGGUUUGUGAUAUAUUUCCACAAAACUGAGCUUAUAAUCUUCUUUGUGUAAACAUUGGCUGGCAAAUAUAACUAUAAAAAUUUAAAAUUUUCAUCGAUCGUAAGAAUUUACAAAAAGCGCGAUAUUUAGAAAAUUGAGUGUUUUUUCUUCAGUGGCCAGUUCUUGUCACGAGUGCAAAGGGAGCUGCAAAGAAGAAUUUGACUUCGUUUGUAUUUUUUUAUUUUAUUAAUAAUCUAGUACGUUUUGUUUUUAUUUUAUUUUUUUUGCGCGCGGGAAGUGUUCAGUUUUGGCGCGAAUCCAAUAUUCAAUGAAGACGGUGGGCAACGUGUUAUUAAUUAUUGAAGAAGUACCUAAGACAUUUUCGAAAGUGAUUGAAAAGUGCCUGCGUUGGCUUGUAGAUUGUUUAAAAAGUUGGCAUUUAUGUAAACUGUUGAAGCUCAAGAUUUUUUAUCGUUUUAUGAUAGGUCCCGUUAUUUGCCAUAGUAACGUUAUCAGUUGUUUUCCAAUGACGAUUAGGUGGAAAUCGUUCGUUGUGUUAAGAUAUAUGAUGAAAAAA